GACACUUAGGAGGAGAUGAAAAUGCUUAUGAGGAAGCGUUUUGUACUCAGCCACUAUUAUAGGGGAUUGUAUCAAAAGUUGCAGAGGCUAAUUCAAGGCUCCAAGAGCGUGGAUGAGUAUUACAAGGAGAUGGAGGUAGCUAUGAUCCGGGCUAACGUAGAAGAGGACCGAGAAGCCACCAUGGCUAGGUUUUUGCACGGUUUAAAUCGUGAGAUUGCGGAUAUAGUCGAGUUGCAACAUUAUGUUGAGUUGACAGAUAUGGUGCAUCAAGCCAUAAAGGUGGAGGAACAACUCAAACGGAAGGGAAUGGCUAGGAGGGGACAACCUAUGGCUACCACCAGCCCAUGGAAGGCAGCUCCAAGGAGGGAUGAGCAGCUGCAAAAUAAGCCAAAAUUUGAACCCUCAAAGAAUGUCAAACCAACGCCUGCCACUACUUUAGGUAACACCGAGACUUCUACUUCUAAAACACGUGAUAUUAAGUGUUUUAAAUGUCAGGGGCGGGGACACAUAGCCAGCCAUGUAAACAAAAGGGUGAUGAUGAUAAACGCCCAAGGAGAGCUUGAGUCGGAGGAUGAGGAAGAAGUAGAUGAUGAUGACAUGCCACAUUUAGAAUAUGCCGAUGAUGAGCAAAAUGCUGUGGUUGGAGAUUUAUUAGUAGCAAGGCGCAUUCUCAAUAUGCAGCAGGUCAAGGAGGAGGAAAUUAACCAAAGGGAGAACUUGUUUCAUACGCGGUGCUUUGUCAAUAACAAAGUUUGCAAUGUCAUUAUCGAUGGAGGGAGUUGUACAAAUGUAGCCAGCACUUAUUUGGUGGAGAAACUAGCCUUAACCACCUUAAAACAUCCUCAUCCUUACCGGCUUCAGUGGCUGAAUGAUUGUGGGGAAAUCAAGGUGACAAGGCAAGUGUUGGUGGCAUUAUCCAUUGGCAAAUAUGAGGAUAAGGUGCUUUGUGAUUUGGUUCCUAUGCAUGCACAGACCAUGGCAGUAUGAUCUGAGGGUUACACAUGAUGGAUUCACAAAUAGGUACUCUUUCACUCUUAAAAAGCAACCUAUUACUCUUGUGCCAUUAACUCCAAAACAGGUCAUGGAGGACCAACUAAAAUUACAAAGAUCAAAUGAAAAAAAGAAAGAAUAAGGAAGGAAGGCUGAAAUUGAAAACAAAGAGUUUAAAAAAAAAGAAAGAGAGAAAAAUAUUGAUCAGAGUGAAAAAGAAAGAGAGAAGAUUUCAGCCAUAGUCAGAGCAAGAGAGGAAAAAUUCAAUUACAUUGUAAAAAAAAAGUGAGAUCAAGAGAGUAUUA